GCAAAUAUGGAUUUUGAUGCCAAAACUUUGAAUUCUUUUACAAUUGCUUCAGAUUUUACAAAUACGCUAAAUGGAGGAAAGGAUCCUUAUUUGAUGUCAUUUGACCCAAUCGCUUUUAGAUACAUUGGUCGUCGUGUUGUUGGUUCAUCUACUCAACGAAAAUUUACAAAAUUGGGCGAGGACUUUAAUCUUUGUUUUAAAUUGAUUAAAAGUGAUUCAAAGCUCGUAAAAUCGUUGCUGUUUAGUUAUGGAUUUUUACAGUGUUCGAGCAAAAAUCUUCACUGCAACUUGAUUUGGACAAACACCCAUUUAUCAACAAAUUCUAUGCGACAAUUAAAAUCCUGGCAAAGGAUGAACCAUUUUCCUAGAAGUUGGAUGCUUACGAAAAAAGAUUGUUUGUACGAAAACGUCAACCGAGCGGGUGCUUUGUAUGGACAGGAAUAUUUUAAUUUUAUUCCUGAUUUCUUCUGCACGCCCUUAAACGAUAAAAACUGCACAAAACUGGUCAACUGCUGCAAAGAAAUUGAAAAUGGUAAACAAUCUCCAUUUAUUGUUAAACCUGCUGGUGGCUCUUUUGGCAAAGGAAUUUUCUUUUUAAGCAGGGCUGAUGAGGUUUAUUCAAUCGACAAUAGUCAAAAAUGGGUUAUUUCACGUUAUAUUGAACGCCCUUUAUUGAUUAAUGGAUUAAAAUGGGACUUGAGGAUCUAUGUUCUUGUCACAUCUUUUUACCCUUUGAUUGUCUACAUGUACAGUGAUGGAUUGGCUCGUUUUGCUGUUCAUACUUACAAAGAUGGAAAAACUAAUUUUGAUGAUUUAAAUCAACACUUGACAAAUUAUGUUUUGAAUAAAACGAGCGAAUAUUUUAUUAGAAACAACGAUUGUUCUGUAGAAGAUAUGGGGCAUAAAUGGACUUUGGGAGCAUUGCUAAGACAUUUGGAGGAGAAUUCUGGGAUUGAUACUGAAUUAUUAAUGGUACGCAUUGAGGAUAUAGUGAUUAAAUCACUUUUAUCUAUCCAACCGCGGGUUGCUGCAAUGUGUAGAAAAUGUUUGUUUAAUAAUUUUCAUAAUAAAUUAAUUUUAUUUUUUCCAGUAAAUUUACAUCCAAAAUGCUGUUUUGAACUUUUUGGGUUUGACAUUUUGGUGGAUGAACAUUUGAAGCCUUGGCUACUUGAAAUAAAUUUGUCUCCAAGUUUAUCAUGUGAUGCUCCACUCGACACUUUACUAAAAACGCAUCUUUUUUGUGAUGUUUUAAAUGUUGCUUCAAUACCUUUGGUGAAUGAUAAAAACAUGGAAAAUGAAUGUUAUUUUAGUGAUGAAGAAGAUGAAGUAGCUGAUGAAGGAAGUAAACGAAGGAAAAAACAGUCUAAUGAUGAAAAAUUGGAUAAUGGAAAUGGACAAAAUUUGAAAAAUUCUUUUCAUCCACAAACGCCUUCAACGAGUUCUCUAUUAUCCACUUCAUCUGUGAACCACUUUGUUACACUGAAGGAUGAUGAUGAGGACGUAUUACAACAAUGUUCUUCCAGUAAAAACGAAAAGGAAAAAUCGAAACAAUUGCCUAGAGCUUCUAAAAUUAAAAGAAUGCAGACUCCACAAAAGGUAACCUUCUCUUCCGAGAGAAUGUCAGCAUUAUAUUUGGAACGUGUUGAACUACUUUUUGAAAAAUUAAAAUUAGAAAAUAAACGACGUGGUCAUUUUAAUAGAAUAUUUCCUAGGAGAACAACUUGGCGAAUGUAUUGUUCAAUUUUGGAAGAUUGUGGUCAAGAACAAUGGGAUAAAGCUUUACAUACUUUAUUGUCUGCUGAAUAUAAUCAGGACACGACACCUCCAAAAUUAACAAUGUACGAUGUUCAGUUAACCCAUGAACAACUAAUGAAUGCCGAAAGAUUUCCAAAAAGAGAAUUGUUGGAUCCAUCAGUUUCAAACAUUGCACUGGCUGAAGCACUUGAAGAAGCAAAAUGUUAUAAAAAGAAGAAAGUUUAUACAACUGCAAGUAGUAGUGGAGAUUUUAGACCAUAUCCGUCUGCCCUUCCAAAAUUGCGUCCAUCAGCUAGAAGAAGAACAAAAAGUCAAUGUUUAGCAGAUGAAUUAAAACAAGAAAAAUUGGAAAAGAAAAAAGAAGAAAUGGCAGCAGCAACAACAGCUUCAACUGAUUUAAAUAUUUCUUCAAAUUCUCCAACAGCUCCAUUACUUGAACUUGAUCCAAAUUUGCCUUCUUUAUCUUUAUUAAAAGAAAAUGAAGGAAAUAAAUAUGUUACUAUUAAUGAAAAUCAAAAAAUCAUGAAGAAAAAUGGUGUCAAAUGAAGAAGAAGAGGAAGUCAAGUAAGAAGAAAAUUGAAGAGAAGAAAUUAAAAAAGGAAGAAAUAUCGAAAAAAUAAAAAUUAUGAGAAAUUCAAAAAUGAUAUUUAUAAGCCUCAAAAAUUCCAAAAAACAAAAGUUUCAAAAAAUCAUGGAUGAAACAAGUUUUUUUUACUAAUGUGGCAUUGUGGGUUUCUUUUUUUUUCAAAGUUAAAAUUUUGUUUAAUUGUUUAUCUUUUAUUUUUUAUAAAUUUUGCUUCAA